GUGCAGUAACCAAUAGUUUCAAGUUUCCCAUGUUUAUCUCUUCUCAAUUUAAUCUGUGUAAUUGUUGAAUUUACUAAUUUGUAACUAUUUAAUCAUUUAAACCAAUUUUAUUUAUUGAAACAAUGGAUCCACCGGUUCAAUAUGGCUUUUACCCCGUCAUUCAAUCAAGUGAAAAACCAGAGAGAACCUUAGUUCCAGUUAAAGCUUUAGAUCCGAGUAUUCGUGAAACAGUUGUUUGGUUACGAGGACGUGUUCAUGCAAUACGAGCCAAGGGGAAACAAUGUUUUUUUGUUCUACGACAGCAACAAUAUACAAUUCAAUGCUUACUUUCGGUGUCUGAAACGGUUGACAAGAGUAUGUUAAAGUUUGUCUCAAGUAUUUCCCGAGAGUCAUUGGUUGAUAUAGAAGGAUUGGUUAAGAAAGCUCCCAAACCGGUGGAAAGUUGUACGCAAACUGAUGUUGAGAUUCAGGUUCUUAAGGUGUUUGUGGUUAGUGAAUCAGAAUCGCGAUUACCCCUACAAAUUGAGGACGCUUCACGUCCAGAAGGUGGAGAUGAAAGUGGUCCUGAUAUCGGUGUUAACCAGGAUACUCGACUCGACAACAGAGUUCUAGAUUUGAGAACACCAACAAAUUUAGCCAUUUUUCGCCUUGAAUCUGGUGUUUGUCAACUUUUCCGGGAAGCAUUAAUUAAAGAGGAAUUUAUCGAAAUUCAUACCCCAAAGAUCAUUGCUACAGCUAGUGAAGGUGGUGCAAAUGUAUUUGAAGUCUCCUAUUUUAAAGGUAAAGCAUAUUUGGCACAAUCCCCUCAAUUGUACAAACAGAUGGCUGUGGCAGCUGAUUUUGAUAGAGUAUUUACAAUCGGAGCAGUUUUUCGAGCUGAAGACUCAAAUACUCAUCGUCAUAUGACUGAAUUUGUUGGACUCGAUUUAGAAAUGGCGUUCUGUUACCAUUAUCAUGAGGUUUUGGAUGUACUUGACAGACUUUUUGUUUCAAUUUUCAAAGGAUUGUCUAUCCAAUAUAAAGAAGAAAUAGAGAUUAUUCGUCGCCAAUAUCCUUCUGAACCUUUCAAGUUUUUAGAACCAAGUUUGAGACUCGAUUUUCCUGAAGUGGUAGCUAUGCUGCGUGAAGCUGGAGUUGAAAUGGAUGAUGAAGAAGAUCUAACUACAGCUAAUGAAAAACUCCUCGGUAAACUAGUUAAGGCUAAAUACGAUACAGAUUUCUUCAUCGUUGAUAAAUUUCCUUACAAAGUUCGACCAUUUUACACUAUGCCUGAUCCUACGAAUAAUAAAUAUUCCAAUUCAUACGACUUCUUCAUGAGAGGAGAAGAAAUAAUGUCUGGUGCUCAACGUAUUCACGAUCCUAAACUUUUGAUCGAAAAAAUCAAAGAACAUGAAAUUGAUCCAGCCAAGUUGCAAAGUUACAUCGAUGCAUUCAGAUAUGGUUGUUCUCCUCAUGCAGGUGGUGGUAUUGGAUUGGAAAGAGUAACCAUGUUAUUCUUAGGAUUAGAUAAUAUUCGUAAAGUUAGCUUAUUUCCCCGUGACCCGAAAAGAUUAACUCCUUGAGCAUGCAAACAAAAGUAUGAUUUGCAUUUCCGUUUACUCGAAAAACUUCGGAAAGGAUGACUAAUUUCAUUUUUACAUCAUAAAUAUGCUUUAUUGAAUAAUAUCGGUUUAUGAAAAAUGAUUUAUUGUCUAAAAACCUAUAUUACGAUUUAUAAAUACAGUACUUCUUUCUGUACUAUCUAACCCGGUGUAUCGUUAUUCAAAAACCUAAUGUUUCAAUCAAGAGCAAUAUUAAAACUAAGAUGAAAAUCUCUGUCUCUUA